CGUCAUUCUUCGAUAUAUUCUCCAGUUGUUUAUUCUAAAAUGAGCGCUCCAGACCAGGUUUCUAUCCAGCAGCUGCGUGCAGCCUUCGAAUGCGGGACACCAACAGUAGUCAGAAACUCGCUGCUGCCGUUUCUCCGGCUCGAGUACAAUUCUACGGGCGCAGUGAAGCCAAUCAAUGAAAUCGUACAGUCAAUCAGCAAGCUUGUCUAUCCGUGGUUCUUGAACAGCACGGCAAUGCGGCAAGACGAGAAAGAUGCGAUGUAUGCGCUGAUACGUCCGGACGGGCGUCUAGUAAAGUUGCUGCUGCGGUACUACAUGCUGCAGCGGGGGCAAAGCAGCCUUGGAGACAUGAUGAUUGCAGUCGACGCUAUGCCGGCCGAGUACCACAGCCAGAUAGACAUUGGCCCCGAGUACGCGAAGCGCGUAGUCAAAGACGCACAAAAGGACAACAAGGUCGUGGGGUUCCGAGUCGGCGCGCUCGAAUACUUUCUUUACCACCUAUGCAAGGCCAUGCUGCCGCCGCGCGAGAGCACAGUAGGCGCGCCGCCGGUUCUUGACGCAGACCAGCGGCCGCGCAAGACAUUCUUUGCACCUGCGGGCUCCACCGUGCACUUGCUGGUGCGCGAGUACAUUGAGAUGUUUGUGCCCGUUGCCGUCCCCGGUAUGACAACCGAGACCCCGACCAAGACUGACAAUAGCCCGAUUGGCCAGAUCAGAAACCGGCUCCACGAUUUCAGUCCCAUGAAGCAUAAUGAGCUGCCAAGGACUAUCCGGACACCGGGCACCAUGGAAGCCGACAUUCUGGACACAAUGGACUACAACGCGACGCUGGAGUUGACGGGAUACUUCGUUGCCACUACGGUACUGCUCUGGAUGCCGAUUGUACCAGCUGAUGUGCGUGCAGCGAUUGCAACAGGCAAGCCUGACUGGAUCUGGAUUCCAAACAAUGCCCACCUGGCGGGCCUGAACAUGUUCCAUAUGCUGGUGAGCUACUUCUCCAAAGGUGAGCGCCAGAUGGAGCAGUUCCAUGUGCCCGGUCCCAACGGAUCGAACAGCAAAUUGGUGGCCAAUGGCACACGUAUAGGCAUGAAUGGGUCUAUCCGCAACUUCCUGCGGGCACGCACCAUAGUCACCAGCAUCGAGGACAUGCUUGGCUUGGUGCUUGGCAGCUGCAACCGCGCAGGGACUGUUGAGGUUGAUGUGUGGCUAGCCAUGCUGCAUAAUGCGGCUCAGAUUUGGAUCCGGUUUGCCCUGCCGUGGCGCAGCACAGCACCACCACCCGCAGUCGACAUGACAAAUGUGUGGGGUUCGCGCGUGGCAGCAAUGACCAACAACAUGGCAACAGUGCUCUACGGCCAGGUGUUUUCUCUGUUCAUCAAGCAGCUUACCGAUCCCAACACCGACCUGCUUGCCCGAUGCAACACUCUUGCGGAGGGCAAAAGCGACUUGCUAAGCGUCAUCGAUCGGGUGCUCUCAUCCUUCACCGACCAGGGCCUGCGCUCCGUACUGUACAUAAUCGAGCAGUACCAGCUCGACGCGAACCUGCACAUGCGCUCGCAGUUUAUUGCUCCGCGCGAGCCGCCGAUCUGGGAGUCCACAGGAGCUGGCAGCCCAGAGAAUGGCUCGCCAGUCAGGGACGCUCGCCACGAAACCCGGACCCUGUUUGAGCAGCAGGUUCUGCGGAUGCACCCGGGCGUGAUGCCGUACGCAGCAAGCUGCAUUAGCAUGAAAUGCGACUCGCAGGUGCUCCAGCGAGUCCUAAUUGACGAGUUUGGAAACCCGCCGCUGGUGUCUGUGUUCACCAGACCUGGGAGGCUGAUGCUCCGCCUAGCUCGCCAACUGCGCCUGAUUGUGCCACAGGACACUGCCGACCAAGCCAAGACUGUCGCGCACGACAUAUUUGCCGUAAUCCAGCGCAUAUUGUCCGCCACUGGCGACUCGCCCGGCAGCCUCAGCCUAAGGCGCAUCAGCGCUAUGUACGGCAAGAUCAAAGCAGUAUUCGGUGUAUCCAGCGGGAUGAUCCGCGAAAUCACCGAACGUAUUGACGAAUCCAUGAGCUGUAACCCCGCGUACGCCGACCGGCCAAAGCAUGACAGCCGCAUCACCGAGCCCGAGAUGUCGCACGGUAUGUUGACACAGCGCGGCCGGUGGCAGCUCAAGACGGGCCGUCGCAAGUUCACUGCGCAGUCGCUGAUGCAAGCCCCAAAGAUCGUGGGCCUGCACGAAGAAUAUGAGGCGAGGUCGUAUGAGAGCCAGUGGGUGCUUGAUAGGAUCCCGCAGACCAACGAAUGCAUGAACCACUGGUACCAGGAGUUGCUGGCGGUUAUCAACGGGAAGGUUACUGUGCCGCAGCCAAUGCUGGACUACAGGCUCGAUUUCCGGUGGAUCGCAGCCUACAGGAACAUGCGCUUUUUGGCAAUAUCCUUGAUCGUGUUUCUUUUUUUCUGGAAGCUAUUCGGCUAAGAUUGUACUGUCGUUGUAACUGCAAAAAGAAUAUUUGAGAAAACUA